GGUGACGUCAAUUUUAAGCGCGACAGGAAAAAACAAGGGACACUUUGCAGUAAUCAGUAAAAAUUAACUAUGGAUUUAUCGAUUUAAUAAUCACAUAAAGGGGCUGGCAUUUAAAAUGGCCUAAGACUAAUUUGUAAUACUUAAUAAAAGUACAGAGUGAGUGAUUUGAGUGAUUGAGUUUUACCUCUAAACGGGACUCUAUUGUUUUCUUCUUCUUCUGUCGGUUGUGUCAACCCCCUCCACCAUGAGCACCAAGGUGUGUAGGACCUGUGGGGGGUUUGACAUAGACGUGGAUCAGGCUCGGGGGAGCGCAGUGUGUACAGGCUGUGGUUCGGUUCUGGAGGACAACAUCAUUGUCUCGGAGGUCCAGUUUGUGGAGGGAAGUGGAGGGGUGUCGUCGGCUGUUGGACAGUUUAUCUCUGCUGAUGGUCCACUCAAAGGUCCUCUCCUUGGUUCUGGUUUCCACACCACUGUUGGUAAAGAGUCUAGAGCCCAGACCCUGCAGAGUGGUAAGCGUCAGAUCCAGCAGCUGGGCAGCCAGCUCCAGAUGAACCAGCACUGUUUGGAUACGGCCUUCAACUUCUUCAGGAUGGUCGUUAGUAAACAUCUGACACGUGGUCGGAAGAUGGAGCACGUCAUUGCUGCAUGUCUCUAUCUGGUGUGUCGCACUGAGGGGACACCACACAUGCUUCUGGACCUGAGUGACCUGCUGCAGGUGAACGUUUAUAUCCUGGGAAAGACAUUCCUGCUGUUGGCACGGGAGCUCUGCAUCAAUGCUCCUGCUAUUGAUCCCUGCCUCUACAUUCCCCGUUUCGCCCACAUGUUGGACUUUGGCAGACAGACUCAUGAGGUCACCAUGACAGCCCUGCGCCUGGUUCAGAGGAUGAAGAGGGACUGGAUGCACACGGGGCGGCGGCCCUCUGGUCUGUGUGGAGCAGCUCUGCUGGUCGCAGCGCGGAUGCACAAGUUCCGUCGAACAGUGAAGGAGGUGGUGAGCGUUGUGAAGGUCUGUCAGAACACUCUGAGGAAAAGGUUAACAGAGUUUGAGGACACACCAACCAGUCAGCUGACCAUUGAUGAGUUCAUGAGAGUAGAUCUGGAGCAGGAAUGUGAUCCACCUUCAUUUACUGCUGCACAGCACAAAGCUAAAAUGCAGCAGCUAGAACAGGAGCUGACAAAGAAGCUGGAUGAGGUCGAAGGAGAAAUCUGCUGCUACAAAGAUGAGAUUGAGACAGAGCUAGAAAAAAGUCGACCAAAACUAAGAGGAAUCUACGCUGCCUAUGCUAAAGAAAUUGACCCAGAAGAUGCAGAGGUUUUGUCUUCAACUUCUGAACCCGAGGAGCUGGAAAUUGAAGAUGCCCAGCUUCAAGCUGCCACACAACACCUCACACAAGACUUUUUGUGUCAGAUGAUCCAUGAGGAGGAGGGACGGGACAAGACUACACUUGAGGAUGAACAGGAGUCGGGGCUAGAGGGCCAGCAAUCCGGGCCUCAGAGACACGCAGCCCCUCUUGCUGUCAUCCUAGGUAACUGUCCAAGCUCCGCUAGCCUGGACGGUCCACGGAUCUUCCAGACCUUAAACAAAUCAGAAAUCAGUGAGAAACCACACGGUGAGGCAUUGGAAAGUGAAGAACUAGACCUGGACGGUAUUGAUGAUCAGGAAAUCGAUAAGUACAUCCUCAAUGACAAGGAGGUUCAGGUGAAGACGGCGCUGUGGCUCAAACAGAAUGCAGAGUACCUGCAGGAGCAGAAAGAGAAAGAAGAGAGGAUACAGAAAGAGAAAGAACAGGGGACCUACAAGGAGAAGAAAAAAUACAAGAAGCGGGAGCCAAUCAAGGCAUCAACAGCAGGUGAGGCAAUUGAGAAGAUGCUGGAGAAGAAGAAGAUUUCCAGCAAGAUCAACUACGAUGUCCUCAGAGACCUGAACAGCAGAGGGACAGGAAGUGGGGGGUGCAACAGUCCAGGCAGGGCCUUCGCUGACCCCCCUGAACCCAACGCCCCUGGGAAGCGGCUCCGCCGCCGCCGCAGUAAAGCCAAUGAGGCAACUCAAGACCUCGCUGUUAAUACUGCCACCAUGAGCAAAAGGUUUCGUCGCCUCAUUUCCUCAACCUCUUCUACCUCCAUACAAAAGAAGAAGAAGAAGCCUACCUCUGAGGGCAAAAAGUCCAUCGGCAUGACCACAGAAAGCACAAGAGCAGCACCUGAAGCAACCCCGGUGCCAGACCCGGACAUCAGCUCCACCCCUGCUAAGCUCGCUGUGGUGGAGGAUGUGGAGGAGGAAGAGGAGCUGGAUGUGGAGGAGGAGUGUGUAAGUGCUCUGCAGCUUGUAGGAGACUACGGCUGUGAGGCAGAGGAGGAAGACACCUUCUAGCUGAACCAUGAUGGGUCAGAACAACAACAAGGGUCAGAACAAUAACUGACACAAGUGACCAACACACGUUGAUUCACUGACCACACGGCUCAAACCCCUCGUUUCCUCAUCAUAUUUAAGUCUUUUCUUUUUUGUAAUUUCUUUUUUUUGUAAAUACAAAACACAUCUCACUUUACAUUCCUGAUCCUUUGUCUGUGACUGAACCAGCUGUUUUAAUGUGUGUCAAGCCUGUAAUGUAAACUGAACUUUGUAUCUGUGUUGUUUUGUCAGAAGCAAGAAGAAAUAAUAAUAAAACAAGAAAACCGA